GGGCAGAGCGCCGGCAGCUGUAAGGAAUGGAGUCGCAAUCGCCCGAUUCGGACGCGAGCAUCGAUGAGUCUCUCUUCGCUCUCCUGCUGGAUCUGGGGAUUCCGGAGGCUGCAGCCCGGAGGGCUCUGGCGCUCACCGGUGGUCAUUCUGCUGAAGCGGCGGCGCAGCUUUACUUCAGCAGCGGUCUCGACUCCCAGGAUGAAGAUGAGGCACAGGGCAGCGAUGUCAAUCUUCUCCCAAGCAGACACCACAAGAUGGUCUUUGUGGUAAACAUGGAACUCUCCAUGGGAACUGGAAAGAUCGCUGCUCAGGUGGGGCAUGCAGCCAUUGGUUUGUUCCAGCUGGUGCAUGAAAAGCCAAGUCAGAGGGACAUGAUCAACCGAUGGGAUGAGCAUGGUGCAAAGAAAGUUGUGCUUCAGGGAGUCAACACAGACCAGUUGCUGGAACUGCACGCACUUGCCCUGAGCCUAGAAUUGCCAACCUACCUAGUGCAAGAUGCCGGAAGGACACAGGUCCCAGCUGGGUCGCAGACAGUCCUUGCCAUCAUGGGAGAAGAAGAGCUGGUGAAUCAGGUGACUGGGCAGCUAAAACUGCUGAACUGAGAUGUUGUGCAAUUUGGCUGUCUGUGGGAUCCCUGGAGAGCCUAAGCCAUCUCCUCCUCCUGCCAACGACUCAAGAAACCACCGGAGCAGAACAGAAGCCCCAAGCGACAGCUCUCCUUUGUAAGAGGAGCUUCCUUCUAGACAGAAGGAAGUGAUAGUUCUCCUGAUCCAGAUUUCUAGUGGACUCUCGAGUGGGUCUGUGUGAGGGUCUGACCCCCUUGUUCUUCACCAUUUAUAAGCAGGCUGCUCUCUCUGUGCAAGUAAUGCUUAGGCAUUUUCAGUUAAGGGGAAACUGCAAGGGUCAUCCAGGGUUGCCUUGCCCUCCUGAUGCCCUUCAGAUAUAUAUUCACAUAAUCCAUUAACCCCAGCCAAGUGUGGUCAACCCCCAUCUUCCCCAAGUGAGAAAGUGCUGGUUACUCUAGUAUAAAUUCUCACACCAUUUGGAUAGCUUGUGCCAAGAGUAUAUAUCACACUUUUUUUUCUUUCUGUGAUGUGAAAAGGAACAAAAAGUGUUGCACUCUUUGAGAGCUUCAUCCGACUUAACCUGCUAGGACUUCUCUUCAAUAGAGGCAAAAGCUGGUUGUUCCUGUUUAGAAGGCUGUAACUUCUCUGUUUAGCUAGUGUGUAUUGUAAUUGGUGGUGUCUGUAUCUUAUUUUUAACUUCCACAAGUGGGCUGUGUCUUGCUUUUAUGAUGUCCUUUGUGUCAAGUUUCCAAAUGGCUUUGAAAAACUGGAUUUUCAAAGCAAUGCUAAUCCUGUUCAGGCAUUUCCCUUAAUAGCUGAAUUAAAAUUGCAGUAGUAGUCAUUGUGGAAAAAUGUUCAGCAACAUGAAGGUCUAGGUUUUCCCAUCUUAAAACAGCUUUUUAAUGUUUGCGUCUUUGUUCUCAAAAUAUUAAGAACAAGAAAAAGCCAAGAUUAUAUAGCA